GCCGUGCUAUUGACAGAAUUGCAGUUCAUGUUCUCGAGCUUCAUGCGCUUCGAAGGCUCAGUCGAAGUUGAAACGUUGACAACGUUGACCGGUGACCUUGAAGCACUGAGGCAGAUGACUGAAAUUACCCCGCUGACGUCACGACAUAAAAAGUGAACUAACCCAAACGGCAAAUCAUAGUUCAGCAUUCCCCCCCUCAAGCCCUCCGACACAACCCCAAUUUACCACACGAUGUCGUGGGGUCUUUCCAUUCCUCACGAUCAGCUCUAUCCCGAUAUGCCUUCCCACCGACCCGUGCACAUCAGCAAAGAUCUACAGCCUCCUUUUCCCGAGUGGGUACGCAGAAAGCUAGAGGCACUUUACGGGGCUUCAUCUGAGCCUGAUUUCAAUACUGCGUUUGAGAACUUUGUUGCUAAGGAGGCUAGCGAGCUUAGCAAGGAUGGACGAGCUCUUGGUUAUGAUGAGUUCAAGAGGGAGUUGUGGAAGGAAGUCAGAGGAAAUGGGAGGGUGAGAGAGCCGAGGGUGCAUGUUACCAAAGUGACCAAGGAGCCCGGACAUGGUGGAGACGGCGUUAACCUUACUGGUCAAUGGUCGUUGCUGUUCGAGGCUACAGCUAUACCUCGACACGUUCUGGAUAUGGAUGUUAUCGAGGACCGAUCGCUGAAAUCGCCACAUCUGCCGUUGACAAGUGGAGCGGAAUUCUUCGAUAGGAGGCGAGCCGUGAAAAUGCAUCUCCUGAAUGCCGACGCUGCUCAUGAAUUGAGCUGGUUUUCGGAGGGUCGUGAUAUAUCCCCGGAACGGUCGACCGCACGGGGGAGAAACCCGCCCGUUCCGCUGAGGUUGUCGUGACGAGGUUUGCUGGUUAAAGUGGAGCUUAGUUAACGUUCGAGGGCAUACUACGAGUUCAUUCAGAGGCUGAAAUGGGCGUUGAGAUUCGUUCCGAUUAACGUAAUUACGACAUCAUGAAUGGCAUACAAGGAUGAGCAAUGGGAAAGUC